AGACAAAGACUGCAGCUGCAGGAGAGAGAGAGUGAGGGAGAAAGGGCGAGCGAGAGACAAAGAGGAGAGAGAGAGGGAGAGAGGGAGACUCUCUUUCUUUCUUCAUGUGGGGGAGGAGAGGGGGAGGAUUAACCGGCUGAUCUGCCGCACGCGCUCACACACAACACACACACACAUUUCAUAUAAACACACCGACACGCCAUCAGGGAGAGCCUUCAUCUGGAUCAGCAGCAGCAUCAUCAUCAUCAUCAUCAUCAUCAGGACCAGCAGCAGCAGCAGCGGCAGCGGCGGCGACGACGGUGAGAGACAAAGAGACGGACAGAGGGAGGGACAGGAGAGGAUCUGAGAGGCUGACGGACAGAGAGAGAGACAGAGAGAGAGAGGGAGAGAGGGAGGACGAGGGAGACAGAAAGACAGACACAUGUGAGGGAGACAGACGGGCCUUUAGCAGCUUCUCCGCCUGUCUGUGAUGGCCGACCACAUGUUCCUGCUGCUGUGUGUGUGCUGAGUGUGCGUGUCUGCAGGUGGGUGUGUUCGCAGUGGGUUUCUUAUAUAUGUGUGUGAGUGUGUGGGAUCUGUGUGUGUGUGAUGGGGAACGCCGAGAGCAUGGAGAGCCAGCUGGCCGUGAUCCGGUCCAGAGCCGCCCCGGUUCGACUGCCGAUGCCCGACCCGGCUGAGCUGGAGGAGAGAUUCUCCAUCGCUCUGGUGAGCGCACAACACACACAUACACACACACACACACACACACACACACACACACGCAUGAACAAACACUAAUGAAGCCACACACACAAAUGAAACCACACACACAAAAUACAAGGUAGUGUUGAACAAAAGCUGAAUUCUUCUUCUGUCUUUCGCCUGAGCGUGCUAACAUAACCAAGGUAAGAAAAUCUUAUAGAGCACAGCUGGGGCUGAUGGGAUUGUUUGUAGUUCUGCAGAUGUUUGCUCAUUAAUUAUGCACCCGCAUUAAUGAGCUAACCUGAAGGUGGCGCUGCUCUGAGAAUACUAUGUCUAGAGAUGGGGAUUGUUAGUUUUUUCCUAAUGGAGACUCCUUGACGAUUCGUAAUGAAAUCGUGAUAAUGAAUCGUCUACUUUCGUCUAAUUUUCAUUUACCGAACCCAAACUUUGACACCUUGGCUAGCGACCAGAGUUAAAGCUGCAGACAGUCAGAGACUCGGUGUGUACUUUGGCUUGAUUUGAUGCACAGCGCUGAUGUGUCGGCCAUUGUCAAGACCAACUGACCACCAGAAACUCUCAGCGUUACUUCACCGGACCCUUGAGACUGGAUCGCAGACUCCAGUAACUCAAAUGUUAUGUUGAAAAAAAGCAAAAUCAAGUAUUCGACAUCCCUGAUCGUGACUGUCUGGAACCCUGAGGUCUUCGGGUCAUCAGGUGCAUGAAGGCGGAGCUUGUUGGCAGACCUUCAAAACUUUAACGAGUCUCUCAAAUUUGAUCUGUUCAGAGACUCUGCUCUACCUAACACACUUUUUUCAGAUUACCAAAUGGGGGUUUGCGACACAUGCAAGUGGUUCCCUGAACGAGUCACAGACCCAUGAAGAUCCGAGAAGUCUAGACUCUGUACACACAUUGUAUUUAAAGUGUGUGUUGUUGUGGUUGUAGCUCAUUGUGGCUGUUGGUAGUUUUGGCAGUGGCUCGAAUUUGUUGUUGCUGUAGGGGUUUCUCGUUAACGGUUGUCGUUCUUGGCUUAGUUGUCAUGGUAACACGUUGUUGUGGCUGUAGGCUUUACUUUUCUAAUCAUGCAUUAUUUGUGUAUAGUUUGGUUAGCUACAGGUUAGUAUAGCUGUAGUUUUGCCAUGGUUACUCGUCAUGGCUGAAGGUAGGGCAUGUUUGAAGAUUGUUGGAGUUUACGUUGUUCCUGGCUCAGUGCUUACUAUGGAGGUUUCAUUGGUUGCAGUUUUCAUACAGAUGUGGGUAGUUGUGCCUUUAGGUGGUUGGGUUGCAGGUUGUACAGGUCUUGGCCUCAGUUUGUUGUUCUUUUCGGUUGUUUAGGUUGUCAUGGCUCUAAAUAUGAGUUACUAUACAUUGUGGCUGUAGGUUGUCAAGGUUCAAGAGUUUCAAGGCUGUAGUUUGCUUUUGCUUAAAGUCUGCCUGGAGGUUUUUUAAAUCCCUUCUUAGGACUCACCUUAUCUCCCUGGCUUUUAAUCAAGUUUAAGUGGCAAAAAUUUGACUUAAUUUUAAUCUAUUUUAUUUCUGUUUUACUGUAUUUCAUUUCACAUCACUGUGUUUCUAUAUUUUAGUAUUCAUUUUAUUUACUGUAACUGCUGAUGGGUCACUCACUUUCAUCAUCCCUGCUGCUUUGAAUUUGCUUUGAUCAACCCUGUAUUUUUUAAAUGUGAUCUAUAAAUAAAGUUUGAGUUGAGUUAGGUUAGGUUGCUGUGGUUGUAGUUUGCCAUAUGUAGGUUUUAACUCCUGCAAGGUCUCUGGGGUCUACAGAAUGGCAGCAUCUUGUGGACCAGACUAAGAACCAGGGGUGGCCGUGCCUUCUCUGCAGCGACCCCCAAAUUUAUGGAACAAGCUCCCCCUUUAUGUUAGAUUGUCCCCAACUUCAACAGUUUUAAAAUCACGCAAGAAAACUUAUUUUAACUCCUUGGCUUUUAACCCAGCAUGAGAAUUGAGUGGUCUGUCUCUGUCUGUUCUUUUAUUUGUUUUUUUAUUUUCUCUUACAGUGUUUUUAUUUUAUUUUAUUUCUUUUUCCUUUUUUUUUUUUUUUCUUUUUUAUGUGGUUUUUAUUAUGAUUCUUUUAUUUUAACAUUUCAUGGUUUGGGUAUUUUUAAACUUAUUUUAUUGCACCGUGCAGCACUUUGCUAAACUUAAUAGUUUUUUAAAUGUGCUAUAUAAAUAAAGUGGAUUGGAUUGGAUAGAUUUUAACAGUUCUAUGUUGUCAUGGUUGUAGAUUGUUGUUGCUGUAGAUUUUCAUAGUUGUGUUUUUUUGGCCCUUUUUUGUCUUGGUUGUUGGUUUUUUCUAAGUCUGUAAAAAGUUGUGGUUGUAGGUUUUUUGUAGGUCUUUUUUUGGUUGUGGGUAUUUGUAGCUACAGUUCAUCAUGGCUUGAACCGUCUGUGGCUGUCAGUUGUUUUUACUUGUAGGUUCUUGUGGCUUAUUUCCAGCUGUACAUUGCCAUAGUUGUAGGGUGCUGUAGUUUUUGGUUGUAGGCUUUCACGGCUGUUGGUUGUAGCUGCAAGUAGGUUGUGGCUGUAGACUGUUUUGGUGACUGUUUUGUGGUUAAAAGCUGUUUGUCGUUGUAGGGUGUGGACAGCUGGCAGAAAAACUUGUGAUUCGAGCUCCGCCUGAAAGUUGCACCACUUUCCUGCUCGAAAAUUUGCGAUGUUUUCUUUUCAGAUUUUCAGUCAGUUGAUAAAAGUGUUUGAUUUCAGAAUUCGAUGAACCUUCCUCCUGACAAAGUGCGCCUGCUGCGUUCCUACGACAACGAGAAGAAGUGGGAGCUGAUCUGUGACCAGGUGAGUUGUGCCGACAAAAAACUCUUUAAAUUUCCAAACUGAGAGACCUAAACCUGAGCUGAUCCAUUUUGUAUCUGUGCUGCAGGAGAGGUUUCAGGUGAAGAACCCUCCACACACCUACAUCCAGAAACUGAGGGGCUUUCUAGACCCGGCAGUCACUCGCAAAGUGAGUUGGGAAAUGUAGUUGGUGGGGGGGAUUACAACAGUGAUGAUAGAAACCUGUCUGGAUAAAGAAAUAACCUGUUGUUCUCCAACUUUCUACCUGCAGAAGUUCAGAAGAAGAGUUCAAGAGUCGACUCAGGUGCUCAGAGAGCUCGAGAUUUCUCUCCGCACAAACCAUAUCGGGUACCCGUCUAUCUGACCUCCUGUCCCCCUAUAUUUGGUGAGCGGUCUGUCUCGUAUGAAUCAGCUGGUCUCUCUGUUCACCAAACUCUCUCUCUCUCCCUCUUAGAUGGGUCAGAGAGUUUCUAAAUGAAGAGAAUCGAGGACUCGACGUUCUUGUUGAAUACUUGUCUUUUGCGCAGUACGCCGUCACGUAAGUCAAAAUUUAACUCCACAGAAGUGUAACUUAUGUAACAACAAGAAGAGAGAAUCAAAUUUAAGCUCCAGAGUUCAAAAGAGCUUCUGGUUGUUCUUAUUUUUAGAUUAAAUUUGCAUAUUUCACUAAAAAUGAUCAAACUGACACUUCAGAGAAACCGCUCUCUGUGCUCAGGUUUGAUGGCGAGCAGUCUGAGGACCGAGGAGAUGCCUCAUCCAUCGACUCUCCCUGGAGUCGAUCUAUAGAGGAUCUCCAUGGUGACUGCAGCCUCCCCUCCCCCUCUUCCUCUGUGCCGCGAGCAGCCCGACACUCCAUCAGGUAACAAAAACAGACUGUUUACCAAAGAGAGGACCUCACCUGUCCAGAGCUGACGCCGGUCUCAUGACGUUUCCAUGUUUGUAGUUCCACUCUGGUGACUCGAUCCAACACUUUGCCGAGUCGUCGGACUCUGAAGAACUCCCGACUCGUCUGUAAGAAAGACGAUGUUCACGUGUGUGUCAUGUGUCUGAGAGCCAUCAUGAACUACCAGGUAACAACAUCACUUGUGAUUUUUUAAUUUUCAAGUUAAACAUAAAUCAGGUCUAAUCUGAGCUUCAUCUGCCCCUCCUCUUCCUCAGUAUGGAUUCAACAUGGUGAUGUCACAUCCUCACGCCGUUAACGAAAUCGCCCUCAGCCUCAACAACAGGAACCCCAGGUCAGUACAACCAUGGGGGCUAACACAGGUUUUAAAACUGACGCAGUGAAUAGCAAAGAUACUAAUACAGUAACUGAUACAGGUAAUCGAACAAGAGCUAACACAGGUGCUAACACAGGUACGAACACAGGUGCUAACAGAUACAAACAUAGGUUCUAGUACAGAUGCUUAUUGAGGGACUAAUUAAAGUGCUAACACAGGUACUAAUACAGUUGUCAACACCUGUUGGAACACAGAUACUAAUAAGAAUAAGAAUAACUUUAUUGAUCCCCGAAAAGAAAUUCAAGGCCAUAAUAAUAGGGGUGGAAGAAAAAAACUGCUUCAUAUAAGUAUCGCGAUUUUUUGUUUUACAAUUUUUAAAUCGAUUUCUUUUACAAAAAAAUCUUUUUUUUUUUUUUUUUUUACGAAAAAAUCAUUUUUUUUUCAAAUUUAAGAAUAAAUCUUAAAAACUGACUUACAUGUGAUGUGUAUUUUUUGGGGAAACAUUGUUCCUGGAAUAGUCAGUAGACAAUCAUAAUCAAUUAACUAAAAACCAAGAAAAUCAACAGUAUCAUAGAAUUGCAAUUUAAAACCAUCGGCAUCCAAAAAAUGGUAGAAGAAUCGAAUCGGGAGAAAAGCAGAUUGUCCAAGCCCUAGUUACUUAUACAUGAACUAACUGAAAAAUAACACAUGUACUAAUUAGAAUAAGAAUAAGAAUAACUUUAUUGAUCCCAGAAGAGAAAUUCAACAGAAUAAUAAUAGGGGUGGGAGAAAAAAUCAAUUCACAUAAGUAUCGAGAUUUUUUGUUUUACAGUUUUUAAAUCAAUUUUUUUCCCAAAUUUAACAAUUUAGGAAUAAAUCAUAAAAUCUGACUUAUAUGUGAUGUUUAUUUUUGGGGAAAUAUAGUUCCUGGAAUAGUCAGCAGACAAUCAUAAUCAUUCAACUGACUAAAAAUCGACAACAUCGUAGAAUCGCAAUUUAAAUCGAUUCCCAAAAAAAAAAGAAGGGGAAAAGCAGAUUGUCUAAGCCCUAGGUACUAAUACAUGAACUAACUGAAAAGUAACACAUUAAGUAAAUGACUUAGGUACCAACAGAGCUGCUAGCACAGAUAACAAUAGGGAACUAACAAAGGAACUAACACAAGUACUAAAACAGGUACCAGAAUAGCUAUCUCUCUUACCUGUCUCUGUCUCACCUGACCUCUCUCAGGACUAAAGCUCUGGUGUUGGAGCUGUUGGCUGCUGUGUGUUUGGUCAGAGGAGGACAUGAAAUCAUCCUGUCGGCCUUUGACAAUUUCAAGACUGUAAACAACCACACACACACCCAUCAACUGCAUACACACACACACACUCACGCUUACACUUCAAAAACUCGACCUGAAGAGGCUGGAGGACGUUUUGACUGACUGAUUGGUCCAUCUGUUGCAGGUGUGUUCAGAGUCGCUGCGUUUCGAGAAGCUGAUGGAACACUUUAAGAACGAAGACGACAACAUCGACUUCUUGGUAAUAUUUCUUUCGUUUCACUUUAGCUAAUCAAUGUUUAAUUGGUGGAGAUCAAAAGAAUCUGAGUCUGUUGUCGCCAUGGUAACUGUCCACAGGUGGCCUGCAUGCAGUUCAUCAACAUUGUGGUUCACUCCGUAGAGGACAUGAACUUCAGGGUCCACCUUCAGUAUGACUUCACCAAACUGAACCUGGAUGAACACCUGGAGGUAACCCGUGACAUCAUGGCCUGCUGCCGACCAAUCACACAUGAGAGUUAACUGCUUUGUCAAAACGCCAAAAAUAGCCGCAAACUAAAAUAUAGCGCUCAGAGAAAAGCACUUUUUGAGCUGUCCACUCUACCGCCGUCCUACUCCCCCUCGUGGUAAUAUUAUAACAUGGCAAUUCACAUCCUCACUCCACCUGUCUCUGUCUCUUCACCCGUCUCAACAGAGGUUAAAGCACACUGAGAGCGACAGGCUGCAGGUCCAGAUCCAGGCGUACCUGGACAACGUCUUCGAUGUGGGGACGUUGUUGGAGGACGCGGAGACAAAGACGGCAGCUCUGGAGCGAGUUGAGGAGCUGGAGGAGAAUCUAAACACGGUGAGAUGGGCAAGUUUUACAUGGAUGGGUCUGCACAGAUAGACGGACGACCUGCUUUAAUAUCCUGUCUCAUGCUCUGUCCUUAGAUGUCGGAGCGUCUCCUCGAUGUGGAGAACGAAGCGAUGCUGAAGAUUGUGGAGCUGGAGAAACAGCUGAUGCAGACCAACAAGGAGCUGGACCACAUUAGGGUAAAUGUUGCCAUUGAAACCAUUUAAACAUUACCCUGCUGCUACAAAAGGAGAUGUUAAAAAAAUAGUCUUCAACAGCAGUAUUUCCCAAAAUGUUGUACUGUCCCUUUAAAUGCACACUGGUUGUAUCCUCCUUGUGUUCCCCCCUCACCUGUGCAGGACGUGUACGCCAGUGCCAACACUCAGGUGCACACUUUACGGCGGAUGGUUAGGGAGAAAGAUCAGACAAUUCGGCGUCAGAGUCGUCUGGAGCGCCAGGCACAGGAGGCGCAGCAGUCAGGAGGACCAGGAGCCCCUCAGCCUCAGAGAGGGGAAGGGGAUGGGGGAGUGGCUGAUUCUGCCUCCCCCUCACCUCCACCCUGUCCUAACCUGUCCCCAAGGUGAGAAGGAUCAGUAUAAAUGACCUCCUUGCUCAAAAAUUUUUCUUGGAUACUUAGGUAUAAGGGUUGUUUGAUUUAUUGAUGAUCUGAUUGGUUUCUGUAGCCCUGAGACUGUAGCCUACCACAGCAUGGGACCAGGGAUGGGCGGAGCUCCAGGGAUGCCAGCCCCACCCCCUCCCCCUCCUCCACCACCAAUGCCUGGUGAGCAGCCUGAUCUAUCAGUAGAUGAUUUCCCUGAGCUGCCUGAGAGACACUAACUUCAUUCCUCCUGUUCUCUUCUUUAAAGUGUCCAAUGGCUCGUACCCUGCCCCUCCUCCCCCAGCUCCCCCUCCACCACCUCCUCCUCCCCCUCCUCCCUGUAGGACCAGCGAGCUUUCCUCCAGUGUCCCGAUGCCCCCUCCUCCUCCCCCUGUAGCGCCCCCUCUUCCGGGUACAGGAGGAUCCCCGACAGUCAUCUUCACCUCGGGACUUGCAGGUGAGACUCAACUAAUCAUCUGAAUGAUGCAUUCAAGAUUCUGACUGUAGACCCUCACUUGCCAGCCAAUCACAAUCCCCAAUUAAUGGUCGUCAAGGGAAUGUACCAACACAUCAACAACUGUUCUAACCUUUUUUUCCCCUUUCGUUGUGCUGACAGAGGGUCCACUCAAGUUAUUCUGUAGGUGUCCCCGAAAGGGUCAAAUCUCCAUCACGACCAUUAUUGUCAUUGUCAUAGUCAUCACGAUCAAUAUCAACAACACCGUCAUUGUUAUUGUCAUUAUCAUCCCCAACAUCAGCUUGAACGUUUGAUUGAACUUGUCAUAAUCACGUCAAUGUCAUGAUUAUCAAAGAAAUCACAACAACAAUUAUCAUCACCAUUUAUCAUCAUCAUAAUAAUUAUAAUCACCAUCAUCAUCAGCAAAAUGAUGUCACCAUCAUUAUCGUCAUUGUAUCUCGUUAUUAUCACAUCCAUUAUCAUCAUCAACAAAUUUAUCAUCAGCAUAAUAAUUAUCAUCCCCACCAUCAGCUUGAACGUGUUUAACAUCAAUGUCAUAAUUAUCAAAGAACUUACCAAAACCAUUAUCAUCAUCAACAACAAAUUCAUCAUCAUCAUCAUAAUGAUUAUCAUCACCAUCAUCAUCAUCAUCAUAAUCAAAAUGAUGUCACAAUCAUUAUCCUCACUGUAUCUCAUCGUUAUCAUCACAACCAUUAUCAUCAUCAUCAACAACAAAUUCAUCAUCAUCAUCAUCAUAAUCAAAAUGAUGUCACCAUCAUUAUCAUCAUUGUAUCUCAUUGUUAUCAUCAUAACCAUUAUCAUCAUCAUCACCAAAUUUAUCAUCAUCAUCAUAAUAAUUAUCAUCAUCACCAUCAGCUUGAACAUGUUUAACAGCAAUGCCAUAAUUAUCAAAGAAUUCACCACAAGCAUUAUCAUCAUCAUUAUCAGCAAAUUCAUCAUCACCAUCAUCAAAAUGAUGUCAUCAUCAUUAUCAUCAUCAUCUCUGAUGAUGAAAUGAUUAAUAUUAUCCUCACCACUGUCUCCAUUUUUAUUACCAACACAAUAUUUGUUGCUAUUACUGUCACCACUGUUAUCAUCCUGACCGUUAUCAUCAUCGUCAACAAAUGAAUCAUCACCAUUAUCAAAAUAAUUUUUUAUCAAUAUCAUCAUCAUCAUCAUAAUAACUAUCAUCACCAUGAUCAUCAUCAUAAUAAUUAUCAUCACUAUCAUCAUCAAAAGCAUGUCACCAUUAUUAUCAUCAUUAUCUCUAUGAUGAUGAAAUGAUCAAUAUUAUCCUCACUGUUUUUCAUCUUCAUUACCAACACAAUAUUUGUUGCUAUUACUGUCACCAUUGUUAUCAUCACGAUCAUUAUCUUCAUAGUUAUCUAACCCUCUGUCUUUCUUUCAUGUUUUUACUGUUUUUAUACAGAAUAUUAACUAAAAAUUGAUCAUUGAUUCAGUUGAUAAGUUCAGUCAGCUGUCUGUUUGCUCACCUGUGUGUCUCUAUGAUACAGCUGUCAAGAUUAAGAAACCCAUUCAGACAAAGUUCAGGAUGCCGGUGCUGAACUGGGUGGCUCUAAAGCCCAGUCAGAUCAACGGGACAGUUUUCAACGACAUUGAUGAUGAGGGAAUCCUUCAGGUACUAUGGGCCGAAUGUACAACUACCUGUCUGGCUGCUCAUCUGUUCAUGUUCUCAAAUGUCUCUGCUCACAUGACUUGUCUUUUUUCAGGACCUAGACAUGGAGGGCUUUGAGGAGCUCUUUAAGACCAAGGCUCAGGGUCCAGCGGUGGACCUGACAAUGUCCAGACAGAAACUUCCUCAGAAAGCUGCGUCUAAAGUUUCUCUGCUGGAAGCGAACAGAGCCAAAAACCUCGCCAUCACUCUGAGGAAAGCAGGCCAGGGGACAGAGAUCAUCUGUCGGGCCAUCCACUCGUAAGUCCAAAAGAACCACCAGAACCUGCAGCCGCAGUCAGGCCAGUUCAGGUUUAACCAAAAGGUGUAUUUCUGUCUCUGUAGGUUCGAUCUGCGAACAGUUCGGGUCGACUUUGUGGAGUGCCUGAUGCGUUUCCUGCCAACAGAGGCUGAGGUCAAACUGCUACGGCAAUACGAGCGGGACAGAAAACCUUUGGAGGCUCUGAGCGAUGAAGACCGCUUCAUGAUGCAGUUCAGCCGCAUUGAAAGACUCAACCAGCGCAUGUCCAUCAUGACGUUUAUGGGCAACUUCAGCGACAAUGUUCAGAUGUUGACCCCGGUAAGACCGAUGGCGAUGGGUGGGGAGAUGAAUUGACGGAUUGACGAAAAGGGACUUUUCUUAUUCUUCUGUUCAAUUUUCAGCAACUUCAUGCGAUGAUCGCUGCUUCAGUUUCCAUAAAGUCCUCUCAGAAACUCAAGAAGAUCCUCGAGGUUGGUCUAAGUAUAAUAAUAUGAACACAUACUGAAUAAGAUGUUGUCUUUGCACUAUAAACCUUGGUCUACUUUUGUCCUGUCUGUUAUUAUAAAGUCUAUGAAUGUGCAGUAGACCUCAUAUAUAUAACCAGGUGUAUUUUAUUUGUGCACUAAUUCUAUCCCUCUGUUGUAGAUUAUCUUGGCUCUGGGAAACUACAUGAACAGCAGUAAGAGAGGAGCUGUGUACGGGUUCAAACUGCAAAGUUUAGACUUGGUGAGACACCACAAACAAACAAACAAACAAACAAACACAUUAUCAUCCUUUUUUGUGCCACAGAAGGGACCAAAUAUGGGGAAUAUUGUGGAAAGACACCAAAAACCUCCAGCUGGGGGUAAUUUUUCACUUUUCCACUACAGAGAGUCAAUAAAAAAAGAGUCAUAUCAUGUCUAAAGAGUUAAAAUAUAACAGUAGAAACAAAUUAUUCCUUUAUUUACCUUGGACCUUCUUUAGUGGCGCCACCUGAGAGCCGCUCUGGCUAACCUCAAGUUAAAGAAAAUAUAUCUCAGAUUGGAGCCUUAUAAUGUUUAACAAUAUCAAAUAGAGGCAUGACUCACCAAGUUCACUCAGUCCGUGGAUAUUUCACCAUCCUCACCCCUGACAGCUCUGUUGAGACAAAAACACGCCAUUGGAACUGCACCGGUUGCUCGCGUUUCCUCUUAGUUUAUCUCUGUAGUAUCACGUUGAGUUAGUGACCGGCUAACUAGCAUCCUGUUUACUUCAUUUUUGGAAACAUUAUCAAAACAUUUACCGGCGCCGAUGCAAAUUUACCUCACAAAACCACUAAUAAACGCGACUUUUCACUGUGGUGUUAGGCAGAGAGGUGUGAAUGCGGCGUCAGCUGCGUUGGACCGUUGCUAGGGCACGUUAGCGUGUCCGCCAUUUUGACAGGGGCAGGAAUAACAAGCAUAACAAAUUAAGAGUGUUAGUUACUCGUUUUGCUACACCGUUUAAGAGUUAAUUUAAGUUCUAAUAGGUAUAAUUAUUUAGGCAAAAAGUCUGCCUAUCAGACGAGUAACAGAUUUGCAGAGUCAGAUUUAUUUUCAGUGGUGAAAUGAUCAUUUAAGGUGACAGUAGUAAAAACCUAUGCAGUGGACAACUGUUGAUAAUAUUUCAUUUUCUCAGCAUUUGUCUAUUUGGAGACGAAUGUUGCCUUCAAAUAACUUCUAAAAAUAAAGUUUGGUGUCUUUGAUUAAAGGAAUAUUCCGGCGUAAAAUUGAGUAAGGGUCAAACACACCAUAGCCUAACACCCAGUUAGACUCCCCCACAAGAGAUGAAUGUUGAAUCAACAGGGUGACGCAGCUCAAGGGGGAACAUUUAUGAUCAUUUCUUCGUGGAAUUGCAAUCAGACCGAGACACUAAGGCAGAAGAACUGAAAUGACAAAGUAAAGAUGAUAAAUGUUCUUCCUUGAGCUGCGUCCCCCCGCUGCAAUCAAUGGACUCACCCUUGGUCUCUGUACAAACAAGUGGCUGCUGGAAGCGAGUUGGUGAGUUGUGUUUAGUCUCUUUGCUAAAGAAAUCAGUCAAAACUAAAAAGAUGUUUGGUGGCUAAUACUAUGGCUGGGACCCUAUAUGUACUGUUGAUGAAGUUAGGUGCUGUUCUGAGCAUUAUUUGUGGCUAUAGAGUGGCGUCUUGGUUGAGCAUGUGGCUCUCUGUAUUGCUAUCGUACGGUCGUUAAUUGACUUUUCUUAAUUGGCUCAUGGUUUUUCUUAAGUUGUCUUUAAAUACCAUGAUGACAUUAUUUCUCUGAUUUAUAUAUUUAUUUUUGGACCAGAUAAUCAUAACAUUAAAUGUAAAAAUUCAAAAGCCCAGUACUCAACACACUGCUCAUUUUCACUAUUGCCUUUAGUUCCUUUCACAAUAAAAGCUUCUCUUUUGUUUGAUUGGCGUUAAUUAACAGUGAUGGUGUGUGUUUGUGUGUGUAGUUACUGGACACCAAGUCAACAGACCGGACGCAGACGCUGCUUAAUUACAUCUCUAAUGUGGUCAGAGAGAAAUACCCUGCUGUGUCUUUGUUCUACAAUGAGCUGCACUACGUUGACAAGGCGGCCGCAGGUGAGUCUGUCCACCAAUAGCAACACUGCAAACUCGCCUCACUCCACGUAGCUCACCUGAGUGUGUAACCUGUGUGCAGUGAGUCUGGAGAACGUGUUGUGUGACGUGAAGGAGCUGCAGCGCGGCAUGGAGCUCACCUGGAGGGAGUUCAGCAUCCAGCACAACGCCACGCUUAAAGACUUCAUCAGCAGGCACGAAUCAAGGCUCGGCAAGCUGCAGGAGGAUGCACGCAUUGCACAGGUGAGCCAGAUAUGCAAAAUACUGCCGUCCAAUUGAAAGCAGUGGACUUUUGCCAAUUAAAACUGUCAAGAAUAGUUUGUUGAAUCCAGUCUGAUUGUUCCUUCUGGGCUCUAGGAUGCGUUCGAGGAUGUGGUGAAGUUUUUCGGAGAGAGCUCAAAGACGAUGCCUCCGUCCGUCUUCUUCCCAAUCUUCGUUCGCUUCAUCAAAGCCUACAGGGUGAGUGAUGCCAACCUUCUCAAAGAGGCGCGGCUUACAAGUCUAGCACGACAGGACAAGGAGUGACUUCUAGUUUUUGUUUUUGUGCGCACAUGUAGGUAGCAGAGGAGGAGAACGAGCAGAGGAGGCGCCAGGAGCAGAUGUUGUUGGAGAAGCUGGAGCAGGAGGAGCAGCAGGAGGAAGGAGAGGAGACAAAGGUGAGACUGUGACCUUGGACCUUCACAUAGUUGGAGCCUUUGGAUCCAGAGAGUUCAAAGUCAGAGGUUUAACUCCCCUCUUUGUCCUCCUCAGUCUCCCUCUCACAGGGGGAGAAGGCAGCAACAGGAGCUGAUCACCGAGUUGCGUCGACGACAAGGAAAAGACAGUCGCCAUGUGUACGAAGGGAAGGAUGGCGCCAUCGAAGACAUCAUCACAGGUAACCAUGCCUUUGUUGGGACAUGGCUCUGUUGUGGAAGUCAUUGCUUGGUUGUCUGUGAACACAACCCAUUCAGCUGCUUCCUGUCUGAUUGCGUCUUCUUUUACCUCUGCAGCUCUGAAGACGGUCCCCUUCACGGCUCGAUCGGCCAAACGCAGCUCUCGAUUCUUCUGCGACCCCGCCCACACGGAGGAGCACUACUAAUUGAGAGAGUGACGAUAUUACAGAGACAUGAUAUUACAGAGACAGAGUUUACGUGUCAGCAUGUUGGAGGACGGUGACUCCUCCUCCUCUCUUGCUGGCCGCGCCCACUUAUAAAUCAAUGGGACCAAUCAGCACUUUGAACGUUUGUGAUCAAUCGAUGUAAAAUGAUGACAUCAUGUUUUGUACUGUUUUAGUUUAUCAAUAUGAACGCAGACAAGGUGCUCAGAGGUAAUUAACCUCCAACCUUUGACCUCUGACCCUUCACAAAGGUGUAAAUUAAAGAGGGCAUGCUCCACAUGUUGUUAAUAACAGCAGCACUUUGACAGACGACACAAAGGAGGAAACAGUGAGGUGGUCUUCCUCAGCAGACGGAGGGGUUCACUUACAACCUGACUGUCAGGUGAGAUUUUUCCUUUGUUUAAAAAAAGUUUAAAGUAUUUAAAUAUUUAAAAUAUUUAACCUCAAUAUCAAGAGCUUCAUCUCCUCCUCUCUGCUGAGGAUGACCAUCAGAGUCAAACUCAACUUCAUCAAUUCAGAACUGAAAGUCUGUUUCAUGGCAAAGACGAGGAGGUACAGAAACAACGACCAGAUCCGCACCGUCACUGCUGCCAUGAAAUGUGGCACCUCCUGGGUCAAAUGUCAGAUAUUUAAAGUGGAUUAAAAAAUGAAGUUCUGGUUCUGGUCUGCAGGUUCAGGGUUCUGGGGUGUUGGGGGGGUCCAGUGUCUUUAACUUAAUCUUGUACAGGGUUCUACUCUUUUUACUGCAUUGUGUUCGACUGUGUUCCACUGUAUUUAUGAGCCUCCGCACUGUCAGGCUCGCCUACAGGUUCGCCUCUGGACUAGCUUCUAUUGACUUAACUUGGACUGGAAUCGGUGUUAGCAACAAGCUUUAGUGUUAGCAUUAGUGUAAAACUGCAGUCAUCAUCGACUGAGGCUCCACCCCUCAUCCUCCUUAUCCUCACUCUUCCUCUCCAGUGUUAGCUGGCACCAGAACCACUCCUGUCUCCGACUGGAGUGUUGGGGCAGCUAGGGGGCGCUGCAGCAGAUGACAGAAACUUCAGAAAACUUUUUGGAGUCUAGAACAUCUUUUGGUUUGACUAGUAAGAGCUGGAUUAACCUGGUUAGACAAGGCCAACCUGUUUAGGUUUGGUGGCUUUGGUCGGGACACACCUGAAAACAAACACCUGAACAAACCUGGAGGUACACAAACAGGCGUAAACAGACCAAGUUCACGGAGAAUCCAGUCAAAUAAAGACUGUCUCUGCAGUCCCCCUUCUGCCCGCCCCGUACCUGCCCUCAUCUACCUGCUCCACCUACCUGUCCCCUUACCUCCCUCCUCCUCUUCCUGUCCCCUGCCUUCAUGAAACAAAUCAAAAAAAGAGCACAACGUUUUUUACGUGUACAGACGUUUUCUAGAAGCUGUGACGUUGUUUUUGUUUGUUUGUUUGUUGUGAUAUUGAUGUAAAUAAAAACAUGGCGAAGAAGAUAAUGAUGAUGGAGACUCAUUUAAUGAAACAUGUUAAAAUAAACUCUGUGUUCAUUCCA